AUGGGCAAAAAUGGAUUUAUUUUUGCGAAGGUGAGCAAAGAAAUGCUGAAGAGGCUGCGGGAGGAGCGGUGGAGCGGCUUGUUCGGGCGAGUGGUGUCAGCGGCGGAUAUUGAACUUUUUGCGGAGAGUGGAGAGCGCAGGUUUUUGUCGGAUUCUUUGGUUGAAAAAUUCAGAAAGGAAUUAAAUUUCGAGUUAAAUUACUCAGGGAUAUUGAGGGGGCAUUUAUUUUGUGGAAAGAACGGCGAAGGCGGAAGCGCAUGCAGCAGGGAGUCGGCUGUGGAGCUCGCGGG